AAAACCUGCACUCACUCUGUUGUGAAGCUGAUAUACCCAGAAAGAAAAAACAAGAAAAAGAAAGAAAAAAAAUUACUUCUUUCAUCCAUCAAAACAACAACAACAGAUAUAAUUUGGGGUUCAAAGAAAACAUUUUUAUAUCCUGAAAUAGAUUCAACAGAGUUUGACAAAGAAAAAGGAUAUGGGUUUUAAUGGUGGUGGUGGUGAAUCAAACAGAGGUUUAAUAAGGUUUUGGUCAGCUCCAUCAACAUGGUUAGAUACAUUAAUACAACCAGAUGAUGAUGUUGAUGAUGAAGGAAUAAACACUACCACUAACCCAAUAUCAAUACCAAAACCACAGCAACCAAAGAUUACACCACCAUUACCACCAUCAUCUAAUUUACCACCUCAAAUCCCAACACUGAGUAGAAAUAAUUCAGCAUCUAUAAACUAUAUUGCUUCUUCUGCUGCUGCUUCACCUGUAACUAAUGCUUUUUUUGAUAAUACUGCUACUAGUGGUGGUGGUGAUUUGGGUUUCCUAAGACAGAAUAGUUCACCUGCUGAACUACUUGCUAGACUUACUUCACUUCCUGCUUCAGUUGGGUCUGAUGGGUUUUUGUCUAGCUAUGGUGGUUCUGGAAAUUAUGAGUAUAAUCUCUCUUCUUGUCUUGAUUUUCCAAGUAAUAAUAAUAAUAAAAGGUCUAGAGAUUCAGAUUUCCAACAAGAAUCACCAAAAAUAUCACCCCACCCGCUGAAAGGGGAACAAAGUGGUGAUUAUGGUAAUUAUGGUGAUAUGGAGAUGGAAAAGCUAUUUGAAGAUUCAGUUCCUUGCAGAGUUCGAGCUAAGCGUGGCUGUGCAACACAUCCUCGCAGUAUUGCAGAAAGAGUUCGAAGAACAAGAAUCAGUGACCGGAUAAGGAAACUUCAAGAGCUUGUACCAAAUAUGGAUAAGCAAACAAACACCGCAGACAUGUUAGAAGAGGCAGUUGAAUAUGUGAAGCUCCUACAGAAACAGAUUCAGGAACUUUCUGAGCAUCAACAAAAUUGCAAAUGCCUAGUUAGAGGUUAAUUGGAAACGACGUAUAAGAGCGCAUACCCACUUUUUUGGAGAUCCUGAUCAGAUCAGUGACCUCAAAUUUUCAGUUUUCCAGGGCAGAAUUGGGUACCAUCUUCCUCUUUUAAUUCCUACUUAUUUUGAGGUCUACAUCCUUUGGAAAAUCAGACUUGUGGGAUCGGAAAAAUGCUAAAUUCUGCCCGGGUACACAUGAAUGUACCAUGGAUGCUUGUUAUAGACUACCACGAGCUUCAUGUUUUCAUUAGUCGCGCUCUUAGAAGUUCUCCAUUUAUGGAUGUAAAUUAUUUUGUCCCUCUAUGUUUAAUGUUUGCUAACACCAUAAUCGUCUGCCUGAACUAGCUAUGAUUGUGUUCUCUAUCUGUUCAUAUCAAAAUCCAUAAAACUUGUUGUUUAGUUAUUGAGAAAAUAUUAGAUCAAUAAAGACUACUCUUUUUUUGUAACCA